AUGGAAUUGCGACGAAUGGAUCGACUCCGUGUAAGCUUUCGCAGAAGGUCGAGAAGGUUGGGCAGAGCUAUGUUUGAGAAAGACGCACCUCGAAGAAGUUGCGAUGUUUCGAAAGUUUGUUUUUGUUCUAGUGAAGUUUCCAGAAGUUCGGUCAUAACUUACUUGUUUGCCACUCUUAUUGCCCACCAACGUGUUGUGUUUAUUCAAGCUCAAACGAGCUCCCAUAUCUGGUUACAAGGCCGACUACACAGAAGAAACACAAUGAGGGGACGAGCACGAUCGUACUGCUAUCUGAGCAAUGAUCGCGAAGCUUUCAUGCGCUCACCGCUGCCGAUGCGAAAUCUUAAUCCCUUCUAUCUCAGCCAGUUCUCUUUUGGACGAGAGACAGCUUCUGUCAACAAUAUCUCCAGUUCGAUGUCCACACUACCAACAGCCUCUGAAACAUUAAGAGAUGCAGUUUUGCCACGCGGGCGGACGCUAGUCAAAGGUCAUACGUUGUCAACAGUGGGGCCCAGGAUGCUGUGA